UUAUUUACCUGCACAAACUGACAGCGCAGUGCAGAGUGACUUGCACAUUCAGCUAACAGAUCACCAGCAAUGGAGACUUUCAUGAAGGAAUUAAACGCCAUGGACACAUCACAGAAAAUGUUAUAUGCUGUCGGAGGUGUCGCGGCUGUGUUGUCAGUCUUCGCCCUCAGGAAACUGUUUAACAGAGGACCAAAGGCAAAGAAUUAUCCACGUGAUACAGUGAUGCUUCAUCAGAUCGGUAGAGGUGUUUAUGGCCCCAGCUUGUCGCCAUUCGUUAUAAAACUGGAAACCUAUCUCCGGAUGGCCAAGAUACCCUACCAGAAUGUCCAUGCUUUGGCGUUUUCAUCAAAGGGCAAACUUCCCUUUUUAACAUACAAUGGACUGGAGGUGGCGGACACAUCGCUGUGUAUUCAAUACGUCAACCAGAAGUUUGGAGUGGAUUUCAACAAGGAUCUCAGUCCUUCCGACAAAGCAUUAGCUCAUGCGAUGCAGGUCAUGGUGGACGAACACACGUUCUGGUUUCUGAUCCUCAUCCGAUGGCGAUUUGACAACGACAAAUCUUUGAUACUGAAGUCAUCCAAAUUAGGGAGAUUUACGACUUGGAUGCUUACUCGAUCCUUGAAUCAACAAACCUGGAGUCAAGGUUUAGGUCGACACACAGAAGAGGAGGUAACCGAGAUGUUUAAGAAGGAUCUACAAUCCCUGUCAGACUUCAUAGGGACCAAGAAGUUCCUGAUGGGGGACAAGCCAUGUGAGGAGGACUGCGCGGUCUUCGGUCAUCUGUCACUGUUCUACUUUCAAUUCUUUGGCACUCGACACGAAACCCUCAUAAAAGACAAAUACCCAAACCUGGCUGCCUAUUGUGAACGUAUGAAGGACACAUAUUGGCCGGACUGGGACGAGUGCCACACACACGGUCUAACAAGGGAGGCAACCAAGUAGUAACUUCCCUUUCUGUUCUCAUCCGGGGACCUCCAGUUUACUUGCUGUGUUGCCAUAAUAUAUAUUCAAAUAUAGCUCCAGGUGUCAAUGAUGAUGAUUAUCAGCUCGAGACAUCACGAAAUAAUCGUUGGUACAGAUAUGACUUCAUGAGAAGUUCAAGCUGUUUUAUUAAACUAAAUGAUGUGUUUUGGUAUGUACCAAACAUAAUGGUUACCAGAGUGAACCAUAUUAAUUGCAUUCUGUAACUGCAUGCAUUGUCUUGUUUUGUGUCACAAGCUGUUUUGCUUUUAGAUUAAAUAUCCAUAUUAACAUUCGUUCGCUGGAAUAAUUCAUCAUGGCAAUAAUUCCGUUGAUAUUUGUGAGUGAAGGAUAAUUGUUUAACCCCGAAAGAAAGCAGUAUAUCAGCAGUAACACUGUGUCAGGGUAAUAUUGACUUCAUGAGAAGUUCAGGCUGUUUUAUUAAACUAAAUGAUGUGAUUUGGUAUGUACCAAACAUUAUGGUUACCAGAGGGAACCAUAUUAAUUGCAUUCUGUAACUGCAUGCAUUGUCUUGUUUCGUGUCACAAGCUGUUUUGCUUUUAGAUUAAAUAUCCAUAUUAACAUUCGUUCGCUGGAAUAAUUCAUUAUGGCGAUAAUUCCGUGGAUAUUUGUGAGCGAAUGAUAAUUGUUUAAUCCCGAUAGAAAGCAGUAUUUCAGCAGUAACACUGUGUCAGGGUAAUAUGAGGAAAGGUCCAAAGUCACGUUUUAGAAACUUUACCGUCAAUCUAGAAACGGUAUCAAAGCGAACUCGAAUCCACGAUCACAGUGAAAUGUUAUUAUUUGAAAGCUGUGAUAAGCCAUGCCAACUCAUCCACUCAUACAGUCGAAUUAUUUCUGUAAUAUACAUUGUAUGUAUCCCUGAUGCAUGAUAUGAUGCUUUGGUUUUCAACACGUGUUUUUGAGACAACGGAGUACCAUCUUUUCAGCGACUGUUGCUGUAUGUGUUCUGCAGUGUCGAUGCUAAAGCAAACAUAUUUAUGUAAAUGCCUCAAAUGAUUAUUAGAACACUGUGUAUUUCAUUGUUGCCAAAUGGUUUUAAAUAAACUUUGCACUAUCA